GUUAGAUAUGCCACUGAAACGGAUGUAACGAGAUGACGACUACGGCGACGACGACAGCUAUCUGAACAGCGCUGCAGCAGACCCGUCGCCGUCGUAUAUAGGUGUCUAUACACCGUGCACAAUAAAACGUUAAAUUCCUUCACGUCGUAGUGUCAUGGCGUGGUCAUCGGUGGCACGAGGUGCAGGUGUGCGCAAAGAGCCGGUGGACGGGGUGGCGCAACGACGGCGGAGAGAGCUGCAGGUGGUCCGGGCCGAGACGCAAGCGUGCAGACGGACGACGGAAAGGCUGUGUCAGUGCAUAGCCAAUGACCGAGUGAAGCUGGAUACGGCGGUAGCAGAAUACGGGCGCCGGUCGGCGGAACUGGCCAAGCGGCAGUCCGAUGCGCACGGUCGGCUGGUGGCCGUGCUGCACGGCCGGUCGGCGGCCGAAUGCCGCCGCGAGAUGGUGCACGAUCGCGCGGAGAACGAGCUGAGAGCGCGGCGGACGGCCAGCACAGUGCGCGCGUACCGGCUGGACGCCAGGUGGCAGCAGCUUAACGGCCGGUACCGCGGGUUUGCGAUGGAAGUGUUGAACGCGGGUCAGCGGCCAUCGUCGUCGUCACCACCGUUGCCGCCGCCAACACCACCGAUGCCGCCGGUCGGGGUGGCCAGGCGCCGGCUUGGGCCCUCCAAGCAAGGGCGGCGAUUCUUCGCGCUUGCUGACCACGUGGGCACGCAGUACCGGCGUGAAUCGCUCCGGACGUCCAGGUCGCUGAACAGACUGAUGUCCGGAUACCUAAGGGAAAAGUCGUCGGGCAGCCCGUCCCCGUCUCGUGAUGGACGGAUGUCGUCGGACGUGCUGGACGAUGCCGAACCGGUACAGGUGUUGGACAAGCUGCGAGUUAUGCAGGAGCAGUGUGCGAGGAUCGCGGAGCGCGUGCGCAGGCGGACGACAACUGGACGGGCCGAGCAACACCCACCCGAGACCAGCGGCGGAAAACGUCCGCAAACCGACGUGUUGUUGGAGGCCCAGCGCACGGUGACGGCGUGCCAAGAGUAUCUGAACAGGAUACGGCGUUUGAUGGAAACGGCCAUCGGCGAGGUGGAGCGCGAGCAGAUUGCGUUGCGGAGACUGUUGUGCAAGACGUGCGCGACGUGUGUCGGUAAAAAAGCACCGCUUCGGUAUGGCUCGUCGGCGGUCACUGAAAUCGCGGGACGGCUCGAGAGAUCCUGUUUCGCGUUGUUCGCACGAUUGGACAGGGCGGGGGCCCCGGGCACGCGAAGGACACCGGACAGGGCCGAGACCACGGUGGCCCGAGCAGACGGCCAGGACACGGCUGGUCACGAUGUGGUCGCAUUGUGCUUGCGCGCCGUACGCGAGCACCGUGUGAAUGCCGUGCGGAGUAUUCAGGACAUUGAGCACCGCGUAGGCGACUUCCGAAAAGCGGUGGCCCGACUGCUGUUGGCCGCCAUGCCGAGUAGUGAUUUGGCCGCUGCCGCUGCCGACGGCAAUCGACGUCACUCCGGACGAGCGGCGGCGCGAACACCGCACGGCAAGCGUAAUGCGUCGAAGCCGCCCAACCAAGUGACAGAGGCUGGUGGCCGAUGGAGGCCUCCGAUCACGAGGCCUUUGAGCAACAAAGCGACGGCCGCGUCUCCGAAAUCGUCGCUGCGGUCGAAAUAUUAUAAUUAUGGCAACUGUGGAACUACUGAAUCGUCCGCGGUGGUUCCGACCACGGUGACGAUGCUUUGUCCUCCGUCUAUUGGUACCAUACAAUACGAGUGACAUCGUUAGAGUAAUACGAUCAUUGUAGUAUGCAUUGUAGUAUGAUAUACAAGUAUACAACUGAUUGAUUGGGUUACUAUUACCUAUUCAAUUUCUUUUUACUUAAUAGCUACAAUAUUUACUACAUUUCUUUUUACUUGAAAAACAAAUUUAAGGACCUAAUAUAUAAUAAAUUACCUAAUGUAAACUUGUACACGAACCACAAACGACUUACAAUAACUCAAGUCUCGACUAAUUUCAACUGAGAUUAUCGACAAAAUUCAGGUCGUUUUAUAAGAUAUCUUGUUGUUAAAAAAAUUGUAGAGAAUUUUUAAGUUAAAUCAAUUAUCAUAAAAUAAACAUCGAGAAUAAGAACAUAGAAAAAUCACA